AGUAUCCCGUUCCGUGUUGCUGCUGUGUAACAGCACUUAAAGGAAAGGAGACAUUACUCCUUCUCCUGCUCGAUAAAUGCUUCGGACUACGCUUCCCACGGUAACUCGCGGUGAGGCCGCUCCGCCUCCUUCUUCCUUCUUCCUUCCUCCUGUCGCAAAGUGUCGCUCCGUGCGGUGCCGUGCGGUGCCGGUGGCUGCGGGCCGUGCCCGGAGCUGAGCCCCGGCGGCCGCCAUGGGUGGUGGGCGUUGAGUCCGUCCCGCUCGGCCGGCGGCGGCAUGGAGGAGGAGAGCAUGGAGGAGGAGGGUGGCGGCGGCGGCUGCUGCGAGGCCAUGAUGGACGAUCAGAACCACAACAACUGGGGCGCCGGUGGGUACGGGCGGCACCUGCUGGGCCCCGCCACCGUCACCCCUCUCGGUGACCGCCCCCCGGCCGGACCGCUGCUGAACGUGGAGCCCGAGGCCAACGGCGUGCUGAGGAACUGCGACCCGGCCGGCGCUGCGGGCAAGGGGGGACCGGGAGGCAUCGCUGCCGCCAUCAACAUCAACGCCUCCACCUCCAAGUUCCUAAUGAAUGUUAUAACGAUUGAAGACUAUAAGAGCACAUACUGGCCAAAGUUGGACAGUGCCAUAGAUCAGCUUUUAACUCAGAGUCCUGGUGACUACAUCCCUAUUUCCUAUGAACAAAUUUACAGGUAAGGAAAUCUUUCAAGUGCUUU